CACCCAAUUUUUUGAAUUCUCUUCAAAUACCUCAUUCUUUGUUCCAAGAAACAUGCAUUCUUUUCCAAGCAUUGUUGAACCAACACUACUAAUUACAUGGAAUCCAGUACCCAUUUCUCCUUUCUUUUUCUUUUACUAUGUGUUGUUAUCAUACAAGCUCAAGAUUUGCAAACCUACAUUGUUCAGUUGCAUCCACAUGGAGCAACAAGACCCCCUUUUAGCUCUAAGCUUCAAUGGCACCUUUCUUUCCUUGCAAAAGCCAUUUCCUCGGGAGAAAACUCGUCCUCUCGCCUUUUGUACUCUUACCAUUCAGCUAUGGAAGGCUUUGCAGCUCAACUCACUGAAGCUGAGCUUGAGUCUUUAAGGAAAUACGAUGAUGUGUUAUCGAUACGUGCAGAGAGGAGGCUUGAAGUUCAAACUACUUAUUCAUAUAAGUUCUUGGGACUAAGUCUGACGAGAGAAGGUGCUUGGUUGAAGUCUGGAUUUGGUCGAGGGGCGAUCAUUGGAGUGUUAGACACUGGAGUUUGGCCAGAAAGUCCAAGUUUUGAUGAUCAUGGAAUGCCUCCUGUUCCACAGAAAUGGAGGGGUAUCUGUCAAGGUGGACAGGAUUUCAAUUCUUCAAGCUGCAAUCGCAAGAUUAUUGGCGCGAGGUUUUUCAGCAAAGGACAUCGUGUGGCCUCAAUGACAUGGUCACCAGAUUUAGUGGAGGAAUAUGUGUCACCUCGGGAUUCCCAUGGCCAUGGCACACAUACAGCAUCCACUGCUGGAGGAGCUGCGGUGCCAAUGGCUGGUGUGCUUGGAAAUGGAGCGGGGGAGGCACGAGGAAUGGCCCCGGGUGCCCACAUUGCAAUAUAUAAAGUAUGCUGGUUCAGUGGAUGUUACAGCUCUGAUAUUCUUGCAGCAAUGGAUGUAGCCAUCAGAGAUGGAGUAGACAUAUUGUCACUCUCACUUGGUGGCCUCCCCGUUCCACUUUAUGACGAUACUAUUGCCAUUGGCAGUUUUAGAGCCAUGGAGCAUGGAAUUUCAGUUAUAUGUGCAGCCGGGAAUAAUGGUCCAAUCCAAAGUUCAGUAGCCAAUGGGGCUCCUUGGAUUGCCACUAUUGGCGCUAGUACACUUGACAGGAGAUUUCCAGCAUUAGUCAAGUUAGGCAAUGGAAAGUUCCUGUAUGGAGAAUCUUUGUACCCUGGGAAGCAAGUUCCAAGCUCAGGUAAGAGUCUUGAACUCGUUUAUAUCAAGAAUGCAGACAAGGGAAGUGAAUUUUGCUUGAGAGGAUCGCUUUCAAGAGAACAAGUCCAGGGAAAAAUGGUUGUGUGUAAUAGGGGAGUCAAUGGAAGGGCAGAAAAAGGCCAGGUCGUGAAGGAAGCAGGUGGCGUUGCCAUGAUCCUAGCAAACACAGCAGUAAAUUUAGAGGAAGAUUCUGUUGAUGUCCAUGUCAUUCCAGCAACAUUGAUUGGCUUCAAUGAAUCAACUCAGUUACAAAGUUACCGUAACUCGACAAAAAGGCCAACAGCUAGAUUCAUAUUUGGAGGAACAGUAAUAGAAAAAUCAAGAACACCUGCAGUAGCUCAAUUUUCGUCAAGGGGUCCUAGUUAUACCGAUCCUUCAAUUCUCAAACCCGAUUUGAUUGCUCCAGGGGUAAACAUAAUAGCUGCUUGGCCGCAAAACUUAGGCCCCAGUGGCCUUCCAGAGGAUUCAAGAAGAGUAAAUUUCACUGUUAUGUCAGGGACUUCUAUGGCUUGUCCUCAUGUUAGUGGAAUUGCCGCAUUGCUCCACUCAGCUCAUCCUAGAUGGACUCCAGCAGCAAUCAAAUCCGCAUUAGUGACCACUGCAGAUACAACUGACCACUUGGGAAAACCAAUCAUGGAUGGAGAUGCACCGGCUAAGCUUUUUGCAACUGGAGCUGGACACGUUAAACCAGAAAGAGCCAUCGAUCCUGGACUAAUAUAUGACAUCCGGGUUGAUGAAUAUAUCACUCACCUCUGUACCAUUGGGUACAGAAAUUCUGAAGUCUUCAGCAUUACUCAUAGGAAUGUCAGCUGCCGUGACAUUUUACAGAAGGAGAGGGGUUUCAGCCUGAAUUACCCCUCAAUUUCAGUAAUUUUCAGGGCAGGAAUGACUAGAAAGAUGAUCAAGAGGAGAGUAACAAACGUAGGGAACCCUAAUUCUGUUUACUCAGUUGACAUUGUGCCACCUGAGGGAGUCAAAGUGAGAGUCAAACCACGUCGUCUGAUAUUUAAACAUGCAAACCAAAGCUUAAGUUACAGAGUUUGGUUUAUGUCAAGGAAAAGAAUUGGAUCUCGAAGGAUGAGUUUUGCCGAGGGUCAAUUGACAUGGGUCAAUCUAGGAAAUAAAGCCAACAAAGUUAGGAGUCCUAUUUCAGUCACAUGGGCAUCAAUGAAGUGAAGGCUAUCACCAAUGUCACAACAGUAGCACCAAAUGUUCAUUGUUUUAGUUCAAACUUCCAAUUAGAGAGUUCACAUCAUAUUAGAAAUUGAUGUUAGAGCAGAUACAACUGAGAGGCAAAGAUCAUCUUUAUCUUCCGAUAAAGAAGAAAUGAAUUAUAAUCAUUUGAAUGCAAUGUGUUUUACCAAGUAGAUGUGUCUCCUCAAUGUUCAGAAGCAUUAAUUAAUAUCAGAAAUGAACAAAUAUCAGGAGAAAAGAGAAUAAAGAAAGCUAUAAAAGGAACUAGAAGUAACAUCUAACUGUAAAUGGAUGCAGCUAUCUUGUCAUUUAUCAGCAUGUUGCUGAGAAGAUUUUUCAAGUUUACACCUUUUGAACUAAUUACUCAUAAACCAAUAUGGCAGACAAAAAUUUCAAGAAAUUGG